AAUUUCAGUUUGCUUGGAAAUUUGCAUGCAAUCGGUGCGAUCUUCCGGUUUUAUUUUCUAUUGUACGCAAAUGCACGGGAUCCCGUUCGCCUUCGUUAUUAGAGAUAGUUUACUCGGAAGACAGAAAGUUUUUGUGGAAUUAGAUAGUAUGCGUUUAAAAUUCACUUAUUCGUGGUGAAGAAGUUGGCCUAUAUGCUAACCCAUUGUUAUAACCAUGAAUCUACAAACACUUUUUCAAGAUUUCAAUCCAAGCAAGUUCUUGGUACAUUUAUGUCUUAUGGUAUUUACAUUGUUAUUUGCCCUACGACUUGACGGGUUCAUAUUGUGGAGUUAUUGGUCAGUAUUUAGUCCAAUAUGGUUUUGGAAAAGUAUGGUGAUUUUGGGUGCAACUAUUGGAAGUUUUGUAUGGUGGAGACACCCUCAUGCUCGAUUAGAAGGAGAUGCCUAUGUACAUUAUAAAGCAAUGCUAAUCACACUAGCAUUGCAUCUUAUAUUGUUAAUGUUUGAAUUGCUGGUAUGCCAUAAAUUGGAGACUAAGAGACAUCUUUGGAUACUUGUAUUUAUACCACUUAUAUUUAUCUCCAUUGUAUCCAUAGCAGUAUGCAUUUGGGCAGUGAAACAUGACCGUUCAUUUGAACUAGAAUUGUUUUGUGCUGUGAAUGUAUUGCAGUUUAUAUUCUUAGCAUUAAGACUAGAUGGUUUUAUUACAUGGAGUUGGGAAGUGGUGUUUGUACCCUUGUGGGCACUUUUAUGUUUAUCUUUGGUUGCUGUUUUAUACGCAAUAGUGUUUGCUGCGGUUCUACUGAGAAUGCCACAAGUUAAUGCAAGACAAAGGCGGACCUCGUUAAAUUCUGCACUUGCAUAUACAUUUCUUGUGGUUCCCAUAUUAGUGUUUCAAGUACUAUUAGCAAACAAAUUGGAUGGAGACAUUUCCUUAUAUUACACAACUAUAGCCACGCCAUUGUUACUGUCACAUGUGACACUUAUUUUUAUGUCCUUUGGUGCAAAAGGUGGAAAUAGAUGGUGGUUUGGGAUACGCAAGGACUUUUGUCAUUUUCUAUUGAGCCUAUGUCCGUUGCUUCAGGAAUAUGGUAAUAUCUCUUACCAGCCAAGAGACCAUCAGGAUCAGCCACCAUUGGAGCCUAUGGUUUCAGAGAAAAACGAAAAGCAAAUUAAAAAAAUCGAUCUGACGAAACCCGUCGUGCCUAUAAUAUCUAUAGAUAUGCCCGAUUGAUUGUUUGGGCUUACUUAUUUCGAUGAUUCUCUCCGAAUGAUUUCAAUAACAUAUAUUGAAGGACGAUUCCCUUUCUCUACGAUAGACAUUUAUCUCGCCACGAAUUGCGGAUUCUUGCCGAUAAACUACAACCCACGGAGAAUUGGACGUUUGAAUUAAAUGAAGAAGAAGAAAAUGGAAAAUUUUCAAUGUAAAUAUAGGUUAUCGGAGAAUUCUCCAAUUGAUUCUACAUGUGCUCAGUGAUGGUUAAAAUCGUUUGAAAAUCAUGUAAACAGCUGUUUAUAAUGAAGAGGCAUUGAAGAAAUGAUUCGCAUUUCAAUUGCAUAGUACCUUGCAAAGUUGUUAGAGUAACCUGAGACAUUGUUCUCUAACAAUGCUAGUUCAUAGUACAGAAGAACCUCACAUAAUAUUUGGUGCAUUCGUACAUCAGAUCUUUCAUCCCAGACAUUGACAUACAUGUAUAUAUUAUUAUGUUUCAUAAUGAUGGAAUGUUUAUUCAUAUUGUUCAAUUGAAAUUUGUUGCAAAAAAACAUAGGUGGUCAUGUGUGUUUAAAAAUUGAAAUCACUUAACUUCUUCGUUUAUAAGAGAUUGACUACGCCGUCCACUUUGUUUCAUUUAUAAUUCUAUCAACGAAAUGAAAAAGGGGGCUCAUCAAUUUGAAUAUUUGUCUCAAUUAUUCAUCGGGAUUAGCAUGGAAUAAAUUUAAAUUUGAGUGAUUUGCAAAUGGUUAUCAUUGCAGUUUGGAAUGAAAAAGAAGGCCAUCAUUUUGAAUAUUUGUCCCAAUUAUUCAUCGGGAUUAGCAUGGAAUAAAUUUAAAUAUGAGUGAUUUGCAAAUGGUUAUCGUUGCAAUUUCACAGUUCGUUUUUGGAUAUGUAAAGCGACGUGUUUUAGAAAUUGUACUUUAUUCAAAAAGUUAUAGUUAUCCGAUAACUAUGUGAUUAAGUUGAAUUUAAGUUUUAAAUCCUUUUAAGCCCUUAUCAAACGAAAAGUGCCAUAAGACAUUCAAAUUGAAUUGUCCAAGUCAAGAUGCUAUGACGACGUUAUUUUGCUUAUAUAGUUCAACGAACUGAGUAUGAAAGCCUAAUUUUAAUAUUGCCGUAUGCAAGUGACUUUACAUUCUAUGGAUUAUAAUUAAAUCGAAAGUUUUAAAUGACUAAAUAUCGACAUGUUGUGAACUCUAAUUUUAUAAGGGCUUAACGUGACUCAAGAACUUUCAAUUUACAGUACAUAUUUAGCAUUAUAUUUCACGUGCCGAUUGAACUCUGAUUAUAAAAUAUUGACAUACGAUUAACAACAAUAAUUAAGUUGACAAAUAAGUUAGUAAACAGAUAACACGUGUAAAAUGGAUUAAGUGCGAAAUAAUCUUCUAUUUACUAUUGUCCAUGACAUGAAUUGUAUGUAAAAAUUAUUUAUCAUGGUUAAACCCUGUUAUAAUUUAAUUAAUUUCAUUUGCCAACAACUACUUAUUGAUACGUGGAAUCCAAAACACGUUUUUUAAGUCGUUAUCUACAAAAUUAAGUCUUUCCAGUGCCUAGACUUGUCUGAUUGAGAAAAUUUGUAAUAUUUUGUAGAUGUGCUGCGAAGCAGUAACACGUGUUAACUGUUUAAAAAAAAAGAGGUACUUCCAUUAGCCUUAUUAAGCAAAGAAAUGGAUGAACCUGCUGGGACAUAAGACUGAGCGCUUCGCAUUCGUAGAUUAUUGUUAACGAGGAUUGAUGCAAAAAAUUCAAUUAAAACUAGGGAAAGAGAAACUUGUAAAAGCGUAAUUGUUAAUGUUGCUAAGAAAAUCAUAGCGCUAAAUGCCCAAUCAUUUAUUACGUUGUAUAAUAGAAAUAAUGUACAGACUUCGUUGUAUUAUAAUAUUAUACAUAUAUUAUUAUAUACUAUACAUAUCUACCUAUUAUGAUGGUUGAUUAAUAAUUAGUAAUAUUAUUUUAUUUUAUAUACAUUAAACUUAAUAGAGAUUAUGAUCAUCUAAUAAAAUUUAUAUUUUUUGGUAUGACAAUCACUUAAGAUAAUUCAAAUUUUAAUGGAAGUGUUUUUGAGUUGUCGAGAGAUGUAACAUAUAUUUACGUGUUUCAAGAUUUUUCCAAAAUGGAAGCGUUUCUUUAUAAAGAUUUGUCGACAUUAUUUUCUUACGCAAGUUUGAUCAAAACGUGGCCAAAUAAAUAAUUCUUAUCUUGUGA